AUGGGACUUCUCAUGUCAGAUCGAUCGAUCAAGCAUCCUGUUGGUAUCCUCUACGAUAUCUUGGUCAAAGUGGAUCGGUUCAUAUAUCCAGCUAACUUUGUGAUUUUAGACUGUGACAUUGAUGUUAAGGUCCCCAUUAUUUUGGGAAGGCCAUUCUUAGCAACCGACAGAGCACUAGUGGAUGUUGAAAGCGGCAAGUUGAAAUUCCGUGUGAAUGACGAUGAGGUAACUUUCAACAUCUACAAAUCCAUGAAGCAACCAAGUAAUAUCCAUGUAGUGUCUACUGAAGAUUUUAUAGAUGAGGAAGUGGCAAGUGUGAGCCAUAUGUUGCGCAAGAAUGAGCUUCUUGAGUCAAUACUUGCAAAUCAAGACGAUUCGAAAAUCCAGGAAUAUGAUGAAAUGAUCGCAGCCCUAACAGGGUUAGGAGCAUAUGCACGAAAUCCAAUUAAGUUGGAUAUCGAUCUAAAAAACCGAUGCAGCCCACCUGCAAAGCCAUCAAUUGAAGAGCCGCCAACUCUAGAACUGACAGUACUCCCAUCCCAUCUCAAGUAUGUUUUCUUAAGAACUAACAACACUCUACCAGUGAUUAUUGCAACAAAUCUGACGGAAGGGCAGGUAAAAGUGCAUGUUGAAGUACUGAAGAAGCACAUAAAAGUGAUUGCAUGGACCAUACCUGAUAUCGUGGGCAUCCCGCCCAGUACCUGCACCCAUAAGAUUCGGCUGGACAGUGAAUGCAAACCUAGUUUGGAGCAUCAGCAAAGGUUGAACCCCCCGAUACAAGAGGUAGUAAAAAAGGAGAUCAUCAUGUGGCUUGAUGCAAGAGUAAUCUAUCCAAUUUCAGACAUCAAAUGGGUCAGCCCAGUGCAAUGCGUACCAAAAAAGGGUGGCAUAAUAGUGGUGCCAAAUGCUAAAGGAGAGCUUGUGCCGACUAGACCUAUGCUUGACAGGUUAUCUGAGAGAGGGUGGUAUUGUUUUUUGGAUGGAUACUCUGGAUACAACCAGAUAUCUAUCACACCAGAAGAUCAAGAGAAAACCACUUUCACAUGCCCUUAUGGGACCAUUGCAUUCAAAAGGAUGCUAUUCGGACUUUGUAAUGCAACAACAACUUUUCAACAAUGCAUGUUGUUCAUCUUUGCGGAUAUGGUUGAGAACUCUCUGGAAGUCUUCAUGGAUGAUUUCUCAGUCGUGGAAAACACAUUUGAAGAAUGCUUGACACAUUUAGAGUGA